AUGCAAGAAGUAAAAGUACCUACAACCACAACGAAUGGGUCACUAGUUGGUUUAUUAAUAUCAGAUCAAAUGUUAUCGUUGAAAAGAUUGGAAUUCAAGUGGACUUGGCCAGAAUUCAUUGUACCAUACGUUGCAACAGUGUCAUCGAUCGAGUUCUUAAUUGCUGCUGACGCUUGGACAAUAAAGACAGUGAUUCAAUUUCUAAAAUACUUACCAAGAUUAAAACGGUUAAUUGCUACAAUCGCUCAGGAGGAAGAUGAUAGUACCGUUGAUGAGAACAUGACAACACCAGCUACAGCAAGAACAUCGCUAUCCCAUUUAGAAAUACGUGGUUCACAUUGUUCAACAUUAUACACAAUUGAAUAUGCAUUUCAAUGUUUUUCUCAAUUAGUAAUAUUCCGUUGGUUUGGAUCUACACCAAAUAUUACUAUGAUCCAGUCAUCACAGUGGGAACGACUUAUCUCAAAAUAUUUGCCACUACUAGUUAAGUUAUACUUAGACAUUCAACUAUAUGGUGAUAAUGUAUCAUCACUGAUUGUUGAUGAUGUUUUACCCCAAACAGAUUUUUGGAUUAAACGAAAAUGGUCUGUUGAAUGUGCAAAAUCUUCUGUCUAUGAGGACGCUUAUUUUAUUGUUAAGCCAUUUUAUAGUGCGUGA